AUGGCUUCAAAAAGAGCUUCCACUGCUCUGUUUCAAACUGUCUGGAAAUCUCCUGUUGUUCCAACAUUCGCUUUAAAUCAUCUUCGAGCUUCCAUCACUAGAGUGCGUUGCAUGUCAUCUGAAGAUACAUCCACAAACAUGUCGCCAUUAUUCAAGGCUGCUAUUGAAGAAGCAAAGACUAGAACUGCUCAAUCGAAAUCCCCUUCCACAUCUACUGCAUCUUCCACUUCAGCUGAUACGGCAGAUUCAGCUUCAGUAGAUAUUCACGCCAUCUUUCAAUCUCGUACAGAAGCUGCCAAUCGUCUUCCGUUCUUUACUACAGGAAACAUGCGAGCAUCCCCUCAAAAGAUGAACCAUCUUGCUCGUUUGAUCCGUAAAAUGCCCAUCACUGAAGCUAAAAGACAAAUGGCAUUCACUCUUAAACGUCGCGGUAUAUCAGUUGUUCGGCUUCUUCAUCGUAUCGAAUGCGCGCUGCGUCACAACUACAAUCUCAAUCCUGACGACUUUAUUAUACACCAAGCCCUAGUAGGCAAAGGAACUUAUUUGAAACGGAUCCGUAUUCAUGCUCGAGGCCGAUUUGGUGUUAUGCAUCGACCACAUGCUCACAUCAAGAUCAAAUUGGGUCCAAGGAUGCCAGAAGGAACUGCUAAAGAUAAAGAGUUGAGAAUCAUUGCCAAUAUCUUGCGUCGCAAGAAACUUUAUAUAAGUUUGGAAGACUCUAAACCAAUUCAACGGCUGCAUCCUCCAUGGAGUCGUAAACCUUGGAAGUAUGUGACUUCUCCAAGAUGGACCAAUCCUGAUCGUAUUUUGAUCAAGAAACAAUAA